CAGAGCUGCCAUUCUGGAGCAGGGUGGGUGUCCCAUGCACCAAGCCCCCAUGGUAUCCCUCUGGGUCCCCAGUGCCUCUCAGAAUAAUCCUCUGGAUUUAAUUAUUUCCCAUUUUACAGAAAAGAGAGCUGAGGCUUGAGAAGCAAAUGACCUGCCUCUUGCCUCGAUCGUGGGAGAAUCAGCACUCGGGCCCUUGACCUCCCUGUACUUUGGUGGGGUCUAGGUGCAGGCGGUUACAGUCUCCUGAAGAGAGGCCUGGGGCUUGCAGUCCCUCUGCCACCCGACAUAGGUGUUGGCUAAGUCCUGAGCCUGCCUAGGGCAGGAGAGGAGCCAGGGAAGAGCAAAGGUUGGUCCCUGAGACUGUUGAUGUGGCUAGUUCUGGCCCCAGCCCCAGGCAGGGCCUCCCACUCAUAUAAAGUGGUUCCAUCCCCUUCUCCCCCGGCAGGCGCUGGCUAGCAUGGCAGGUGAGGAAACUGAGGUCCAGAAGGGGGAUCCCACUUGUCGGGCUCACAGAGCUGAGACCUGCCCCCACAAACCCCGAUGCUCGGCCUCCCCCCUGUGUUCCUUCACCUGCACAGGAGAAUGAAGGCCGUCCAUCAUCCCUCAUCCAUCCAUCAUCCACCCAUCCGCCCCCCGGCCAGCAGACGGUCUGUAGCAUCCUCCAUGUGCCAGGUCUGGGCGGAUUCCGCAGGCGAGUGGAGACCUGAGGCAGAGCCCGUGGACUCUCAGGGGACCCACAGAUUAAACAAACAUGCCGCAGAAAGAGACGCAUCGCUGAGUGCAGGGAGAGCCGCCCAGGGUGGAACGAGCCUCUCCCUCUCGGGGUGCUCUCGGCCCCAGGGAGCUGCGGGCAGAAACCCUGCAGAGACAGCGCCCAGGACUUGGCCUCAGGGGACAGGGGCUUCGAGAAAAGCAGGAGUACUCCCCCAGGGAGUCAGGCAGCUUGGUGAGCUGCAGCCAGGCCACCUGACCGCUGGACCGCUGGACCACUGUGAGGAGAAGCCCUCCAGGGGGCCUUGUCUGCAGCAGGAGGGGAGAGAGGGAGAGACGGUGUGCGUGUGGGGUCUUUGGCAAGCCUGCCCCUGGAUUCACUUUGUGAGCCAUCCAGCUGGUGCCGGAAGCCUCCAGGAACCGCAUGGGAGCUUGAGGAGAAAUAAUGAGAGUGGUUAUUUCAGGAGGAGGAACAGCGUGAGCAGACGGGUGGAGGUGGGGAACAGCAGGCAGACCCAGGAAGGCGGAGCGAGGAGACAAAACAGAGGAGAGCCCCGAGUCCAGCCCGUGGGGACAUCACGGUACCCUGGGGAGGCUCUGCUCCCACCACACACCAGUGUGGAUAUCUGCUGCCCCUCACAAGCUGACUGUGUGCCCAGAGAGGCUCACGUGUGUGCCCUCGAUCCAGGAAGAGCAUUACUGUUAGAGCCCAUUUUAUGGACAGGAAAAUUGAGGUCAGGAGAAGUUAGAAUCUGCCUCCCAGGAAGGUGUGAAGUGAAGGAUACAGCCCCAUGGCCUCGGCCACACUGCCCACCCCCUUCACUCCCCUGCGUGCCCACAAGACAGCCAGAGGAGAUCUGCACAGGCGUCAGCAAGUCCUGUGCAGCUCCACCUGUGUCUCUCUCCCACUAAACCCAGAGCUCAUUUGCCUCUGUCAUCCCGGGCUCUGGCACAGGCCCUAAAUCGGUGCUGAGGACAUCUUGGGGGUAAACCAUCAACAUGGGGCCCCUGUGUGGUUGAUACUGCCUUAUUCCCAUUGCACAGGUGGGAAAAUGGAGUCCCAGAGAGCAACGGGGGAGCUGUAAUUCACCAGGCUGAGGGAGACACGGUGCCACUCGCCAAGGGCCGGCGUGAGGAGGGAAGGCGCGCAGCGGGCUUGGAGCAAGCAGGCUGCUUUCAAAAGCAACCAGAAGCCCUGGGUCUGCAGGGCCCCUGAGGAGCAGCCCCUGAAGGACUUCUCCAGGUGGAAAUGGGGUGGGGAGAGGGGCAAUUCCUGGCGGAGGGAACAGCGAAGGCUGGAAGCCUGAAGCUGAAGUGCAUCUCAUAAUAGCUCAUGUUCGCCAAUGGCCAGGCACAUUUGCAUUGAACCCUCACCGCCGGCCACGAGGCUGGAACGCGUGGUGCUCCCAUUUUGCAGGAAAGGGAGUGUGGGCUCAGAGACCAGAAGGGGUACUGGAGGCCACACAGCAGGUGAACCAACUCCAGCUGCCUCUCCCCUGAAUUCCUCACCUAGGGGGAGCAAGAGCGAGAAGUGUGGCCACACCGUGUGCAGGGACCCCUUGUGUGCGACUGGAAGCACAGUGAAUUUCGAAAUCUGGGCAGGGGCAGUGGGGAGCCAUUGAUGGUUUCUGAGCUGGGAGAGGAUGCCCCAGGCCAGGUCCUCAGGUCCCUCGGUGCUGCCCCGGGCCAUCUGUCUCCACCUCCUACACUCUGCCACUCUUUGCAUCCAUGUCCCCCACCCUCCGCCCCCACUGCCUCUCAGCCACUGUGAGGAACCAUGUGUGACGGUGGAGAAUGUAAAAAUAUACGGAAAACAACAA